UCUGCGUCUCGUUCUCGUCGACAUCAGAAGGCGAAAUCAGUUUAGUUAAAAGAAGAGAAGAAGAAAGGAUGGUGGGAAGUGGAGUACCGCAGAGAGGAAGUGCAGCUGCAGCUGCAAGCAUGCGUAGGAGGAAGCCUAGUGGGAGUGGAGGAGGAGGAGGAGCAUCUGGUGGUGGUGGUGGUGCAGCGGGAUCCAUGCUUCAGUUCUACACUGAUGACGCACCGGGUCUUAAGAUCUCUCCUAAUGUUGUUCUUGUUAUGAGCAUUGGUUUCAUUGCUUUUGUAGCUGUGCUUCAUGUCAUGGGCAAGCUCUACUUUGUCAAGUGAUGAUGAGGUUAGAGAAUGAGAGAGAGAGAGCUUGAAACAACAACGAAAAUGAGGAUAAUAGUUGCAAGAAAUUUACCGCAAGUGAUUGGUAGUGAUCAGUGUGUUAGACAGUUGUUUCAAUUCAAUGUUUUUAAUUUUGUUGACUAUCUAUGAAAAAAAAAAAUUCCAGUUUCCAUAUUUUUAAUACAAUUUAAAGGAUAAACUCACAUAUUCAGAGGUAUACUUGUAGAAGUGUUCAUGUUUACAUUUUACUAAUUUCAGAGCAUG